AAUGCUGACCCUGUGAAGAUUCAACUUUUGCCAGGGGCCCAGCCUCCAUGUGUGAAACAAUAUCCAAUGCGGAUGGAAGCCAGGAAAGGACUGAAACCGUUAGUUGAACGGUUGCUGGAGUAUGGCCUUCUCCGUGAAUGUACAUCAGCUUUUAACACACCCAUCUUGCCUGUGAAGAAGCCUAAGAGUAAUGAAUAUCGUUUCGUCCAAGACUUGAGAGCUGUAAAUAAAGUGGUUGUGAGUAUAUACCCGGUAGUGCCUAAUCCGUACACCUUGCUAUCUGCUUUGAACCCAGAUCAUAACUGGUUUACGGUUAUUGAUUUAAAAGAUGCUUUCUUCUAUAUACCGGUAGAGAGGGGAUCUCAGGAAAUAUUUGUUGAAUGGGAAGACCCAGAUACUAGCAUUAAGACUCAGUUUUGCUGGACUGUCUUACCCCAAGGGUUUAAAAACAGCCCAACCCUAUUCGGCACUGCAUUAAGCAAGGAUUUACGUAGGCUAAAACUGCCACUGUCCUGUGCUCUUUUGCAAUAUGUGGAUGACUUGCUUUUAACAGCCACCACUGAAGCAAGCUGCCUGGAAGGAACAAUUUGCCUCCUUAAUUUUCUGGGUCAGGAAGGAUACCGGGUGUCCAGAAGUAAAAUGCAGCCCAUGUCCCAGAAGGUAACAUACUUGGGAUUUGAAUUACAGCCUGGUCAGAGAGCCCUCUUGCCUGAAAGAAAAGAAGCUAUAUGCCGGCUAGCACCCCCAAUAACAAAGAAACAACUACGAGGAUUCUUAGGUACAGUAGGUUUUUGCAGGAUUUGGAUUCCAAAUUUUGGGGUUAUUGCAAAACCUCUGUAUGGAGCUACACAAGGUGAUGAAAAGGUGCUCGAAUGGACUGAAGAGCAUGAGCAAGCAUUCUGCCAGUUAAAGCAGGCUCUCAUUGAAGCACCCGCCUUAGGACUACCGGACAUGAGUAAGCCUUUUUCCCUUUUUGUGCAUGACCGAGGUGGGGUAGCCGUGGGAGUCUUAACACAGAAAUUGGGUAGCUGGCAAUGACCAGUGGCAUAUCUUUCUAAAAAAUUAGACUUUGUGUCAUCCGGAUGGCCUGCUUGUCUCCGGGCUGUUGCUGUCACCUGUCUGCUAAUACAAGAAGCUGAAAAGUUAACCCUAGGCCAUGAAAUGACUGUAUAUGUGCCUCACGCAGUGCUUACAGUCCUGGAGCAGAAAGGAGGGAACUGGUUAACCCGGGGACGAAUGGCUCGAUAUCAGGCCAUCCUCCUAGAUAAGCCUGAAAUAAAAUUGGCCAUUUCUCGCACUGUAAAUCCAGCAACACUGUUGCCAUCUAUGGGUGACACACCAGAUCUUGUGCAUGAUUGCCUGCAAACAUUGGAAGCUGUUUAUUCUUCAAGACCAAAUUUGAGAGACAGACCUCUUGAAAAAGCUGACCUGGAGUUCUACACUGAUGGCAGCUCGAGUAUGGAGAAUGGAAUUCGAAAAUCCGGAUACGCUAUUGUGACUACACAGAAUGUGAUAGAAGCAGGACCUUUAAACCCAUCUGUUUCAGCUCAAAAGGCUGAACUCAUUGCUAUGACUCGGGCUUUGCAAUUGGCGGCCAACAAAACUGUCAAUAUUUAUACUGACUCUAAAUAUGUUUUCCUUGUUUUACAUGCUCACGGAGCGCUAUGGAAAGAGCGAGGUCUACUUGAUGCUAAAGGAGCAGGCAUUAAGCAUAGCGAGCAAAUAAAAGCUCUCCUCAAGGCAGUCUGGGAACCAAAGGAGGUAGCGGUAAUGCACUGUAAAGCACAUCAGAGAGGGAAAGACCCCUCCACAAAAGGUAAUCGAUUUGCUGACGCUACAGCAAAGAGAGCAGCUAAAAGACCUCAGACAGACUUGCUGCCUGAAGUAAGUAAUCUGUUACCUCUCCUCCCAGACUUAUACCAGCCUGUGACACCACAGUAUGGGGAAAGAGACAAACAAUUGGUAAGAGUUUCAAGCAAAGAAGGGGGAGCACGGGUGGCUAGUAGCAAAGGAUGGCUGCAUUAUCAUCCCAGCUGCCUGCUGGUAAGGUGGAUCAGUCACUAUGUAACUGGAGUGGGAUUAAGAGAGGCUGCCAAGAAGGUAUCAGAGACAUGUAAGGUCUGCCAGAAAAAUAACCCAAAAGGAGGGAGAAAAGAAACUUCAGGACAUCAGAGAAUAGGCAAUGGGCCAGGAAAAGAAUGGCAGGUGGAUUUUACUGAGUUGCCCCGGCGACAAGGGAUGAGAUAUCUCCUUGUCUUUGUGGACACUUUCUCUAAUUGGGUUGAAUGCUUCCCAUGUCGGACUGCCCAAGCCCGAGAGGUGGUCAAGGCACUCCUACUAGAAAUCAUACCUCGCUUCAGACUUCCAAAAGGAAUAGGGUCAGACAAUGGCCCACAUUUCAUUGCACAAAUUACUCAGAAGGUUUCUGAGUUCCUGGGAAUCAGCUGGCAUUUACACACCCCUUGGAGACCCCAGUCCAGUGGAAAGGUGGAACGUAUGAAUCAGACCUUAAAAAGACACCUUGCAAAAAUUUGCCAAGAAGCUCGACUCAAAUGGCCAGAGGCCCUACCCUUGGCCCUGUUACGAGUAAGGGUCGCACCACAUUCUAAAUUGGGAUUAAGUCCAUUUGAGAUAAUGUAUUGUAAGCCUUACCCUCUGGGUCUGCCCAUGGGUACUGAACAACAGUUACAUGUUUUAGGGGAGGGAAUGAUUAGAGAAUAUGUAUGGUCUUUGGUUUCUGUUUUGUCUUCCAUCCAUCAGCAGGUACGGGACGUGCUGCAGACACAGGACACGUCUCCUGCCCCGGAAAAUCAAUUAUUACCUGGGAGUUACGCCCUUGUGAAAGAUUGGAACGAGGAACCACUUCGAGCCACAUGGAAGGGCCCAUAUAGGGUACUUUUAACAACCCCGAUGGCAGCAAAGCUCGAAGGAAUCAAGACUUGGAUACAUUCCAGUCGCCUAAAGCCGGUGGCUGGACCGGAACAAGAAGGAACCCCUGCAGACUCCAGGACCGGAGGCAGAGAACAGUGGAAGGUGGAGCCAAUAAGAGACUUAAAAUUCCUAUUCAAAAGAAAGGAACUUUAAAUAAUUU